GGUGGUGCCCCGAAAGGCUUCAAGAUUUCGUCCAAAAGCAGACAGGAGGAACGGCCAGCUCUGAGCCGGCUGGUGGCCAGGAAGAGGCUGGUGGCAGCCGGCGCCCUGGGGGUGGUCAUGGUCCUCCUGCUGGUCAUCCUCAUCCCAGUUCUGGUCAACUCAGCCGGGACUUCAGCCCACUACGAGAUGCUGGGCACCUGCCGCAUGGUCUGCGACCCCUAUGGAACCAAACCCCCCAGCACUGCCACAGCAGAGACGGUGCGGGAUCUCAACCUGCUCCAGUCCUUACCCACCUUCAUCCAAGGAGCCAAAGGGGAAUCUGGGCGACCAGGGAAGGCUGGUCCGAGGGGACCACCGGGAGAGCCGGGACCUCCUGGACCUAUGGGGCCACCGGGUGAUAAAGGGGAAUCGGGAAGACCGGGGUUGCCGGGGCCCCCUGGCAGCCCGGGCUUGAAUGCCGCCGGUGCCAUCAGCGCGGCCACUUACACCACCGUGCCCAAGAUCGCCUUCUAUGCCGGGCUCAAGAGGCAGCAUGAGGGCUAUGAGUUACUCAAGUUCGACGAUGUGGUAACCAACUUGGGUAAUCACUAUGACCCGACCACCGGCAAGUUUACCUGCUCCAUCCCUGGCAUUUACUUCUUCACCUACCAUGUCUUGAUGAGGGGUGGGGAUGGCACCAGCAUGUGGGCUGAUCUCUGCAAGAACAACCAGGUUCGGGCCAGCGCCAUCGCCCAGGACGCCGACCAGAACUACGACUACGCCAGCAACAGCGUGGUGCUACACCUAGAGCCGGGCGACGAGGUCUACAUUAAGCUGGAUGGUGGCAAAGCCCACGGCGGCAAUAACAACAAAUACAGCACGUUCUCUGGAUUUAUCAUCUAUGCCGACUGAGGAUACCUCAAUUAUCUGGAAGUAAACUCUCUGACUCCUGCAGCCCCGGCGUGACGGACUCCAGGGGCUGCUGACUAUAGUGGCGAUAUAAGACGCUUAAUGAAUAUGGGGACCAUGCGCACUACUACGGAGAUCCACUGCUACCUGAGUUACACCUCAAAAGACAUCAAAUAUCCAAUCAAUUAUAUCCAUAUAUGUCGUACACGUUACACAGAUGUGUCACCCCCUUACCGCCAAAGCCAAAAUUACUUGUCCGUGCCUGUGUGAAUGAAAUCCUACACAAUAAAGUUUUUGUAUUUAAAAAAAAAAAAU